AUGCCGGCAGCUUUGUGCGGUUUGAGUUCUUCUGCACCACACACACGGGCGUCCUCUCACCGUAUGAGGCACGUGACGCUACAACGAGGUGCAAAGGUUAUUGGGUCGCUGUUGUUGUUAAUAAUGCUGACAGUCGGUUCACUCGCAAGGCCAAUUGAAGCAACAGAUGUUGUGACAGUCAAAGUGCUGAGCCUCAUGUACGGCGCCGGCUCCCCCAACGACGUCGUUGACUCCCUCAACGCAGGUCUGGGUGCAUCCCUUGCAGCACGUGAAGAUGAAGUGAGCUCGAUGUUCAAGGUUUCUCUGAUCCAACCUUCGUCGUACGAUGAGCCAAUCGAGCAGUUGUUUAACACCACAGUAGAACGGACGAACAACGAGCUUCUGGUCAUCGUGGGGCCACUGGGUAAUCAAAAUGUACUUUGGGUACAAGACAGGCUAGAGGUGCAUGAUUUGGUUGCCUUUGCACCUCUUUCUUACUCUGAUAAAACCCGUGGGUGGAAUCCCCACUUCUAUUAUCCAAGUGUCGAGCCAGAUGCCGAGUUACUUGCCCUCGUCCGCUAUGCUAUCGUAUUCCUUCGGGUCCCGCGCGUAGGCUUCAUGUACCUCAAGGACACGCACUUUGGUGAGACCUCGCUUCUAUUCGCACGGGAUGUGAUGUCUAUGAUGGGAUAUAAGUUGUGUGGCACGUUUGCUAUCGAAGGCGGUGAUGAUCGGAGCGAGGACGCUACAUUCGAGGCGGAGUGGAAACAAUUUGUGGAUACACGCCCGCAGGCUGUUCUGUUAUUUGGUUCCCCACACGACCUCACCGCGAAGUUCAUCACGAAGAUGGUGACGGAUAAUCGCACAGCAGGAGCGUAUGUACUUACCGUCUCCAAUAUGCAAAAUUUCCUACUCAAGAACUGGAAGAAGGCACUGGAGGUGGCUGGUGCCAAUCUCAAACCCGGACAAAUCGUCAUCACCGGUACAAGCCCACUCGCUGGUGAUGCGCAAUAUGAAGUGAUCCAACGCUUCCAAAGGGAAAUGACUAAACACCUAGAGACAAACAAGGACUGGGGCGGUUUUGCGAAGCCAGGGCACUUUAGCACUAACCACAAUGAUGGGGAACUGAUGGUUCUCGGGUGGCUCGCUGGGGAGUUGCUUGUGCGGGCACUAGUUGAAAGUGUCUCAUUAACGAAUCGUACCCUAUUCAAGGCUUCACUGUAUAAUCAGCGCCGCUACCUGAUCGACGACAUGGUGAUUGGUGACUUUGGCGGUGAAUGCAGUGAGGACGCACAACGUCAAGGUGCCGUCCGCCGUUGCAACCAAGGGGGUAAUAUAGUGUACAUGAAGAAGGUUGUUGACCAAUACCAUUUGGAACCACUAAGGGAAGGAUUCCUGACCUGGGGUACAUCGCGGUGCUUCAGCGAGGGUGUCCGCGUAGGUGCCCCGCUUAGCGGUGUCGUCAUAUUGGCGUCCGAUCACACUGUUGCUCAUCGUGCCAAUUCUCGGUACUUUAGUGGUGCAACGGCUCUCUCACGUAACGACCGGAUCUGGGAGGAUGACAGGCUCUUCCUUCAUCCUCUCGAGUCCUCGCUUUCAGGGGCGGCAACAGACCUUCACGAUAACCGCGAUAAAAUUGUCAUUUCUGCUGUCUUCGGCGUUGUGACCAAUGAUGUGCUUAGCACAGAAGGUCUUAUUUUCUUUGACCCGAUGGUGGUUUUCCCUCAGUUGAGUAUGUUCAGACGGCAUGUUAUACACUUCUUUCCUACGCUCGCACAGGAGCUCUACGUAUUCGCCCGAUACCUCUCACACUCGGAAAGCAGCUUCGCCGAUGCCAUUAUCCGAAGCGAUGAGGCAGGUGAAAUUGCCAAGGUAUUGGCAAUGUCAUUGGUGACAUUUGGCGUGUCACCUGGUUUUGGAGUGUUCUUGGAUGUUGCUUCCCCUAUUCGUGAAAGUCAUCUCAAACGCGGUGGCGAUACGUUCGUCCUUGGACUCACAGCUCCUGAUGUAAAAUUGAUAUCCAAGCACCUUGAAACCCACCCUGAGGCUCGAGUUUUCAUCACCUUCACGGACCUGGUACUGCUGUACGAGGAGUUCAUAUCAGAGUUCAAUGCAACUACAAACACUAAAGCACAGCGCCUAUUUUUCGCCACUAGUUUACCGCAUUGGGCUGAUAAUAGUUCCAAAUCAGAAACCAUUACUGCUUACCACAGAGCUAUUCCCGAUCCGAAGCAGUGGUCGCCGAUGUCACUGCGUGGUUUCGCUGUCGCCCGAGUGAUGCAAACUCUCCUAGUACCCAUGAAGAAAGUGAAUGCCGCUUUACUCGCAGAGCAAGUGUUUUGGCAAACGUCGUUUGUUGUCGAUGACAUGAAGUAUGGGCCCUUUAACGAUGUCGACUGCGUCGCUAACGGCGUGCAACUGUCGAGUAAUUGUGUUUGGAACUACGGUGCCACAGAUAUCGCUGUGUGGUCCUUCGCUCGUGUUCUGAACCCUUCUCUUCCUGUAGCGGAGGAUCCCAUUACGCCUUCGAUGGAGUAUAAGAAGCCUCGCGAGCAACUAACAUCCUCUGAGAUUGCUGGUAUCGUAAUGGGAUCAGUUAUCGCGUUGAUGCUCUUUGCUACCCUUGGUGUUGCACUACUAUGCAGUAGGCGGAACAAGCGUGAUAACGACCGAGCGCCGAGGGAACCAACUGAUCCCGUGACACUUAUCUUCACUGACAUCGAGAACAGCACAGCCCAGUGGGCGGCGCAUCCCGAUCUCAUGACGGAGGCGGUAGCCGCGCACCACCGCUUGAUCCGUGCACUGGUGCUGAGGCAUAACUGCUACGAAGUUAAGACCAUUGGAGACUCCUUCAUGAUCGCGAGCAAGCACCCGUCCCAAGCGGUUCAACUGGCAGCAGAUGUUCAACUCAUGUUCUUGCACAACGACUGGGGUACGGAUGUAUUCGACAAUUUCUACCGUGAGUUGGAGGAAACGAAUGCGAAGGAGGAUAAUGAAUACACUUCUCCUACUGCAUGUCUGGACCCCGAAGUGUACAGUCGGUUGUGGAGUGGUUUACGCGUACGCAUUGGUAUUCACACCGGGUUGUGUGAUAUUCGGCAUGAUGAAGUCACAAAAGGUUACGACUACUACGGUCCCGCCACCAACAUGGCAGCACGCACGGAGAGUGUUGCUAACGGUGGGCAAGUAUUAAUAACACAUGCAACUUAUAUGUCUCUGAGUGAGUCGGAGCGGCAACAGUUCGGUGUGACCGCACUCGGACCCGUGGCAUUGCGUGGCGUUCCUCAACCGGUGCAGCUGUACCAGCUAAGUGCGGUACCGGGUCGUACCUUCGCACCCCUCCGCCUUGACCGGGAGUAUUUCUUCGAAGAUGAAAAUGAGACCACCAACUCCACAAGCGAAAAUAGCUCGUCACGUGCGGAGCUUGGUGAAUCGGCACAAAUGAUUAUGACUUCACUUCAGAUGUUGCUCAGUACCUUCAAGGGUCCGCAGCGUGAGAAAUUGCUAACGCCGUACUGUGAGCGCUGGCGUGUGCCGCUACCCCGGAAGUGUACAAGAGUGUGGGAUGAGGAAUAUUGUCAGGAGGUUAUGCGUCGCAUUGCUGCAAAGGUCGGGCACGUGGCGGACCACUGUGCGGUGGGCCAAAGCAAUCACUCCACAAGUACACUGAGCAGCGCAUCAGUGGUGAUUAUCUCCGAAAACAAAGCUUUCCUCGAUACAUGUUCUUCCAUGCUUUGA